GAAAAUGUCUAAAAAGGUAGAGAAUGACAAUUUGAAAUGUUCAGCCGAUAAAACGCUAAACACAAAUGAAUUAAUAAUUAAAGACAGACACUAAAUUACAUUUAAUUCAUGGACUGAAUGAUGUUUGUUUGCCCGGUAUCAGUUAUGACGUUAGUGUCUCAUCAUAGGAUGCGCCAGCAAAUAGAAAAUUCACAACACGCAUGCGCGAAUGCGGUGCAUCCUUUUAAACAAAGUUGGAUUUCCCUAAAAUUAAGACGUGUUCAUACGUAUAUGACAUAAAAAAACCGAUAACAUGUCGGACUUUUUUGUAUAUGCGUCCGGGGUUUAGGUCGCUCGUGUGGACGUAGGUAUUGGCUUAAAUCUGAGAGCCUCCCAUUGACUCGGCAGCAAAAAUCGAGUACAUUUGGAAAAUUCUUAAAGACGGAAGUGAGCGCUCCGGUUUUCCGACACAAGACUGAACGCUGCUGCGCAUGCAUGUCCGGUUUUGAAUGUUUGUUUGCGUGUGUCAUAUAUGCCUAUGAGUUAUUCCCAAAGAUAGUUGAGAGCCUUCAUUUGCCCCGGACUCGAUCCCGCUGCAGCAUGGCAGCGGCAGCAGAAGCGCCGGAGGACCGGAGCAGCGGUUUAACAGGUGACGGGGAACCCGAGGAGGCCGAGGAGUUCACCUGCUCAACCCACUGCUCGGAGCUCUCCCGGCGGCAGAACGAGCAGAGGAAGUCGGGGCUGUUCUGCGACGUCACGCUGGUCUUCAUCUCCGGCGGGGAGAGGGUCCAAACCUUGUCCGCGCACCGCUCCGUGUUAUCCGCGGCGUCGGAGUACUUCACGCUGCUGCUGAGCGGACAGUUUUCAGAGUCUGUGUCGGGGCGAGUGGAGCUAAAAGAAUGGAGCUCGGCGACGGGACCCGAGCCAGAAACUGUGGAGGGUAUCAUACAGUUCAUGUACACGGGACAAAUCGGGGUAACCACUGCCAGCGUGCAUGAAGUGUUGGAGCUUGCUGACAGGUUCCUGUUGACGCAGCUGAAGACCUUCUGCGGAGAGUUUCUGAUGGAGAAGUUGAACUUAUCUAACUGCGUAGCGGUACACAGCCUCGCCCACAUGUACACCUUGGACCUGCUGGCCCAGGGAGCCGCCAAGACCAUUCGAAGUAACUUCCACAAAAUAAUCCACAAUGAGGAAUUCUUCACGCUACCAUUUCACCUGGUGCGGGACUGGCUGUCCGACUCAGGAAUCACCGUGGAUUCUGAACAGGAGUUGUUUGAGGCCAUAGUUAAAUGGGUGCACCACAACGCAGAGGAGAGAGGGGAGCAUUUCGAGGAGCUGUUCAGACUUUUAAGACUAACUCAGAUUUCUCCCACCUACCUGACACGGGUCGUGAGAAAGGAGCCGCUAGUGGCAAACAAUGCAGCAUGUCAGCAGCUGCUGUCUGACGCCCUCGAGGUCCACGCUGUCCACUUUGAGAACCUCAACCAGCCAGCUGAUUUAGAGCCCUGUGCCUCCUACAAUGCAGCAAUGCAGCCUCGUCUUGGCCAGAACAUGGAUGUAAUCAUGGUAGUGGGUGGUGUAUCCGAAGGCGGAGACUAUUUGAGUGAGUGUGUGGGCUACUUUGUUGCUGAGGACCGUUGGGUAAACCUGCCGCACAUUCACAACCACCUCGACGGACAUGCCAUUGCCGUCACCGACAGCCACGUUUAUGUGGCCGGCUCCAUGGAGCCGAGCUUCGCCAAGAUGGUGGAGCGCUUCAACCCCGAACUCAACACCUGGGAGGAGGUCAGCAGCUUAGAAAUUCGCAAGCACUCCUUUAGCCUCACAUGUGUCAAAGACUUGCUGUACUGCAUCGGUGGACACGGCAACUUCAGUGCAGGCUUUAAGGAUGUGACCGUCUACGAGCCCGAGCAGGACGAGUGGCACAGUCUGGAGCCAGCACCGAAGAUACUGCGAGAUGUAAAAACGGUGAGCGUGGAGGACCGCUACAUAUUUGUGAUGGCCAGGACUCCCGUAGACAUGGGCAAUGAGGAUGGACUGAGCACCGUGACCACCUGCUACGAUACAGAGAGUCACAAGUGGAAGGAAGUGGACUCCUUACCGCUGAUCGAUAAUUACUGUAGUUUUCAAAUGGCUGUCGCAUCCACCAACUUCUACCACACGGCUUCUUGCUGCACGAAGAGCUAUAAGGUAACGGCCGAGGCCGCUCAGCAGAAAAUAAGCAGGGACAUCUCUGACGACAUCCUCGACAGCCUCCCUCCAGAGGUCCUCAGCAUGGAAGGUGCUGCCGUUUGCUACCUGGGCGACGACAUAUUCAUCAUUGGCGGAUGGAGGAACUGCAACAACAUGGACAAGCAGUACCGCAAGGAGGCCUACCGUUACUGCGCUGAGAAGAAGCGCUGGAUGCUGCUGCCGCCCUUGCCUCAGCCGCGGUGCCGAGCCGCGGCCUGUCACAUUCGCAUCCCGUACCAUUGUCUUUAUGGUUGCCAGCACUACCCCAUGCCCCAGAACCUGGUUCGCCAGCGAGACCGCAUGCAACAGAUGCAGCAGCUCCAUCGCCGCACCCUCACUCUGCGCAGACAGCUGCAAUCUCAAAUCGAAUGUUGAGAGCUUCCUCUAGUUAGUAGUUCAUCUGCUGAUAAAUGCCUUGUUGUUACCACAGCUUCUUUUAUUUAGAUUAAAUGCCUGCACAGCCUUACCUUGGGCUGGUUUCAAAAAAUUAAGAAUUAGCCGGACAUGCUUCUAAAUUCUCAGUCUCACAUUAUAAUUUUGGCAUUAGCUUCUGCUAGUAAAUCAAACUGAUUGCUGUGGUAACUUCUGGAAAGAUCGUUGAUUUCAAACAACUUAACUUUUUACUCGUGAUCUAUGUUAACAUCAUACUGUAUGUUGUGAUGCAAGUUAGUUUCACCUAAUACCAGUGACCUUUUAUGGUGAAGUUCAGUGUUGAGAUGUAAACUUAGCAAAGUAAAUCAUGUUUAUUGUGAUGUAUUUCAGAAGAGAAUCCUUAGUUAAGUGGAGUUUAGAUAGAAGAUGGUAAACUUACUGUAACAACCAGCUGAUCUUUAACUUUUUACUCCUCGCUGCUUGCAUCUAAUUUCUCUUCUACCUCCAGUUUCCAUCAUGCUUUUUUGCACUGUAUCUAAAUGUUGAUGGUCUAUAGUGUGUAUCUUUUGUGUGCCCUAUUUAAAACAGACAAUCAUGUAUCAGACGUUUUGUAGCACGACUUAAGUAUUGAGCAAAGCACAUAUUGGGGAACAGUGUUCAAUGAUUAGUCGUUUCCUACUUUUUUGCCAUUCCAGUGGAUGUUUUUAAAAAAUGUAUGAUUUAUUUCAGCUGGUCUAUUUUUCGUUUGAAAGAUGGACCAUCAUUGUCAUGAUGAGAUGUCACUUUAGGAGACAGGAGCUCCAUUUUAUAUUUUGAUUUAAAUUGUCCCACUUGAUGUUGUUAGGACACUGUACUGGCUCCGGUGCUUAAAGACGGUGGCUUUGUGCAGUUAUUUUUUGUUUGUUUAGCAGAAUUAGCUUUGUCUUAACUUUGUCUCACUGCACUACGAAAU